GGCGAAGCAGACAACGACAACUCGCUGCGUAGCCAUGGAUGUCAACCACCGAGGUAGUCCGGGGGAUAUGGGAUUGGCGAACUAAGUGCGGCCAUCUCCGCCCGGCCCAAAGGAGCCUAGUGCCAUGUGUCUCCAACUUACCCGUCGGACCACCUUUCGCUUCAACUCUCCACUUGUAACACUGGUUGACAGCGAGUGCACGCGGGAGACAACACCAUGGCUGCCCAUCCCUCAGAGGGACCCGUCGUCGCCCAGCAACCCGCCCCGCCGCCCACGGCGGGCAUCAAGGCGGAACCAGGAGCGGGAGGCGCGACCAAAUCCAGAGACGAGGACGCGCCUGCGCCUGCGCCCGACCAAGAUGACGAAGACGGCGGCGCGUGGGACCAAGCCUCCCUGUACGAGGAGAUUCUAGACGAAGUGGAAGCCUUUGAGUACUCGGACGAUGGCGUAGACACGUGCACCGCCGACGAGGCUCGCCGCUUGCGCCAGCGACUGCACCAGAUUGGCGCGAGCGCAUUCGUCAUGGAGAACAUCACCAGCGAGAAGAUGACGGCGCGCAAGCUGUGUACCGCCUUUGGCGUCAAGAUCCCCAAGUUCCUCGAAGAUGCGCCCGACGAAAACUUCUACCAGCUGCUGGGCCUGGCCAUCAACCGCGAACUGAACAAGCGCCCGCGGCUGGCCCAAUACAAGACCAUUGACGACGCGGCCAAGUUGCUGCGCGAACGCACCAACAUCAUGGUCAUCACCGGCGCCGGCAUAUCCACGAGCCUCGGCAUCCCCGACUUCCGCUCCAAGAACACGGGCUUCUACUCGCGACUGCGCGAGAUGGGCUUCGACGAGCCCGAGGAGGUCUUUGACAUCCACAACUUCGACGAGAACCCAAAAACUUUCUACGCCCUGGCCGGCGACAUCAUACCCGAUCUCGAGAAAUGGACGCCCACGCACGAGUUCAUCCGUCUGCUGCAGGACAAGGAGAAGCUGCUCACCAACUACACCCAAAACAUUGAUAACGUGGAGGCACAUGCCGGCAUACGCAAGGAGAAGCUUAUCCAAUGUCACGGCUCGUGGGCGACUGCGACGUGCAGAAAAUGCAAAUUCAAGGUGCCAGGCGAGGACAUCUUCGAUUGUGUGCGCGCGCAGAAGCCAGCCGAGUGCAAACGCUGCAAGGACGAGAUUGCUGCGCAGCCAAGCAAGAAGCGCAAGCGGACGUCCAAUGGCAACGGGGCCAGGAAGAAGCGGUCGAGCGAUGAAGACUCCGAGUCAGACGGCGCGUUCGACAUCCCGCAGCCAGGCAUCAUGAAGCCCGACAUCACCUUCUUCGGCGAAGCCCUACCCAACGACUUCUUCGAUCGACUGAAAGACGUCGAUAAAGACAAGGUGGAUCUCGUCAUCGUAAUGGGUACGAGCAUGAAAGUGGCACCCGUUUCCGAAAUUCCAAACUUCCUACCCCGCGACAUACCACAAAUCUACAUCUCGCGAGAUCCGAUCCACCACAUCAACUUUGACAUCAACCUCCUGGGCGAUUGCGAUGUCAUCGUGGCCGAAUUGGCGCGCAGGGCGGGCUGGAGUCUAGAACACAAGAUGAUACCUGAUGGCCAGACCACCGAGGUGGCCAUUACCGACGAGCAAGACCACAUCUCUACUGUCAAGGUUCAUGUACCUGUCAUGACUACGACCAACGGUCACAUCAACGAGCAGUCAUGAGCAUGACGGAUGAUACGGCGUUUGAGCACACAUACAUAUACAUGGCGUUGUAAGGAAAUUCACAAACGGUGUUUAUACUGGCAUGGACGACCACCCCGUGGUAGCUUGAGGUUCACAAAAUGGAGUUUCACAUAGGGCGUUGUGGUACGGGUAGCUGGAAGAAACAAAGUGGCGGCAUCAGAGAUACCAUGGACGGAUCAGAUUCGAUGGGGAAGCAUAAGCUGCAGUUUCCUUGAGUCUAUGCGUGUUUUUCAAACUGGCAUAUUAGAUUCCCUUUUAGAGCAUUCAAUCCAGUAACAUUCCAAGAUACUGAAAAAACUUGCUUAUUACGUCGUGAAGGAAUAUAAGAACGUCUUAGUUGGAAGCUGGAGAUCU